AUGCUGUUCUCAACCCUAAUUCAGACACGGAUCACUUUUAUUGCACUCAACAUCAUCUCCUAUUCUCUAUUCCUUCCCCCAAUCGCCGCCGCCCCCGGCACGGCGGCGCCCGCGGCCGCCCCAGGACCCGCCGGCGCUCCCCCGCUUAUCAAACAUGUCUGUCAGAGCGGAAAUCCAACAUUCGACGCCGACCUCUGCGUACGGCUUCUUAAAUCCAACGAAGAGGCGAGAUCCGCCGCCGAUUUUCACUCCUUAGCGAUGGCGAUUGGGAAGCAGGGAAUCUCGCACGUGAACCGCACGCGCGAGCACGUGGAAAACAUGUUUAACAAGACGGCGGCCGGCGGCGCAAUCGAAGUUUGUAGGAAGGCGUACGGCGGAGUGAUGGUGACUUUGAAGAGCGCAGUGAAUGAAUUGAAGGAUCCGAUGACUUAUAAUUUGGCUUCUUAUGAUAUGUUGCUUGCCGGUACGGACAGCAUCGGUCGGUGCCAGGAUGCGGUCCGCCGCGACAACGUGACGGACGAGGUGGUCUUGUCGGGGAAUAAGGCGGUGGUCGUUUUUGGGCUGUCGGGGAAUAAAGCUGUUGAUGAAAUCCGACGACAGGAUUUAACUAAUUAUUAUAUAUACUGACUAAUUAUUGUCUGAAAUUAUAAAUAAAUUAAUAAUACAACUUUCUAAUAAUUUAAAUUUUUAGAUGAGACAAUCAUUGCGCCUAUCAUAUGAGCUGACGUGAAUUUAUUUGACGGGAGAGUUGGACUUUUAUUUGUGUAUAAGGAACUUGAUUUUAUCCGUUGGAAUAAA